AUGUCUGCCCGUCUACUGCACCCGGAUGAGUACGAGCUUGACACUCGAUCUUCUGUCGACUCUCAGGGAACGUUCAACCUAGACGAGGCCGACUUCGAGUCACAAGCUCCCCCAGACCCAGACGGCUUCUCAACCGGUUCUCCUUCGUAUCGCGGCUCUUCUCGUCAACUUCAUCCGGCUACCGUCGCCUCAAAUCUUCUCGACGCGUCCUAUCCGCCUCAUCGCGACCGAGUUGUUAUCGACGUCUCCUUCUACGCCGCUCCUGCUUCUAUAUCCAUGUCGGGCAGAGGCAACAUUCGCAACGAGAAGGUCUUCGUGGCUGCGAGCCUAUAUGACCGCGGCGGGGAAUUAGCAGGCGGAGAAUGGGGCAAUCGCGUUCUUCAGCUCAUUGACCUGCUGGGAGGAGAUAAUGUGUUCUUAAGUAUAUACGAGAAUGAUAGCGGGCCAGAGGGUAAAAGCGCAUUGCAGGCUUUCAAGGAGCGGGUACCAUGCAAGAGCUCCAUCAUUUUCGAAGAGCAUCUGGAUCUGGACAGCUUGCCCCGAGUUACGGUCCCCGGCGGACAGGAACGUAUCAAGCGCAUCGAGUAUCUGGCAGAGGUUCGCAACCGAGCUCUGAAACCGCUGGACGAUGAUCCUCAGACGCGUUACGACAAGCUCCUGUACCUGAACGACGUCAUUUUCGAUCCGGUUGACGCUCUUCAGCUGUUGUUCUCCACCAAUGCAGAUCAAAACGGGGUUGCUCAAUAUCGGGCAGCUUGCGCAGUCGACUUCAUCAACCCCUUCAAGUUCUAUGACACGUACGCCACUCGUGACCUGCAGGGCUAUGGAGUGGGUCUUCCUUUCUUUCCGUGGUUUUCAACGGCCGGACAUGGUGAUAGCCGAAAGGAUGUGCUAGCUGGGAAGGAUGCCGUGCGUGUACGCAGUUGUUGGGGAGGAAUGGUUGCUUUUGAUGCCAAAUUCUUCCAGCAUGGCACGGCAGGAAAGGGUUCGACUCACGCUCCGUCCCGUUUCCGCGCCUCUCAUGACCUCUUUUGGGAAGCUUCCGAGUGCUGUUUAAUCCAUGCGGACAUUCAGGAACCUCAGCUGCAACCAGAUGAGAUAGCCGACACCGGGAUCUACUUGAACCCAUUCGUGCGGGUCGCCUACGACCUCCGUAGUUGGUCCUGGCUUGGGACCACACGCCGAUUUGAGAAGCUCUAUUCCUUCAUCCACAACAUUGGGAAUCACCUUGUGGGGUUGCCGUGGUACAACCCACGACGGGCAGAGGUGCCUGGUCAAACUGUUCAGGAAACAGUUUGGGUUGCAGAUGCAAAUGAAGUUAGUGGUGGUUCCUUCAAACAGGUCGAUCGAAUUGCUGGGAAUGACGGCUAUUGCGGACGGCGAGGGCUGCAAGUUAUCGUCGAAAAUCGCAAGCCGGGUCAGGAAGGUUAUGAAAGCAUUCCUGUACCGUCGACAUGA